UAAAAACUGCAGCCAACUUCCGAGGCGGCCUCAUUGCCCAGCGGCCCCCAGCCUCUGACAGGUUCGGUCGGUCCUCGUCGCCGCGUCCUCUGCCGGCACCCCGCCCCGCGCCCCGGGACCCCAGCUCCACUUGCUUGCUCUCGCGGUUUUCUCCCACACCAUGGACAAGCUGUGGUGGCGCGCAGCCUGGGGACUCUGCCUCGUGCAACUGAGCCUGGCACAGAUGCAGAUCGAUCUGAAUAUAACCUGCCGCUACGCAGGUGUAUUCCACGUGGAGAAAAAUGGUCGCUACAGCAUCUCUCCGACCGAGGCGGCUGACCUCUGCAAGGCUUUCAACAGCACCCUGCCCACCAUGGCUCAGAUGGAACAGGCUCUAGCCAAGGGAUUUGAGACCUGCAGGUACGGGUUCAUAGAAGGGCACGUGGUGAUUCCUCGGAUCAACCCCAACCCCAUCUGUGCAGCAAACAACACAGGAGUGUACAUCCUCACCUCCAACACCUCCCACUACGACACGUUUUGCUUCAAUGCUUCAGCUCCACUUGAUGAAGAUUGUACAUCAGUCACAGACCUGCCCAAUUCCUUUGAUGGCAUAGUUACCAUAACUAUUGUCAACCGCGAUGGCACCCGCUACAGCAAGAAAGGAGAAUACAGGACGCACGAGGAAGACAUCAACCCCAGGCAACCUGUCGAUGAAGAUGUGAGCAGCGGAUCCUCCAGUGAAAGGAGCACUUCGGGAGGUUAUACCAUCUUCCACACCCACCUUCCCACUGCACACCCGUCCCCAGACCAAGAGGACACCUGGGCCUCCGAGAACACCCCCACUGCCAUUACCUCAACUGUGCACUCAAACAGCCAUGCACCAACUCAGGAGAGAAGUAAUUGGAUGUGGUCCUGGUUUGGUUACUCACAACCUCAGACUCAGGAUCUCACAACAUCAGCAGCCACAGCUUUGAUGAGCACUAGUGCCACUGUUCCUGACACAGCCACCAAGAAGCAAGAGGCCCAGGACUGGCUUUCAUGGUUGUUUCAACCAUCAGAGUCCAGGAGUCAUCUUCAUACGACAAAAAUGGCUGGUACGGAUUCAAAUGCCAUCUCAACAGGCUGGGAGCCAAAUGAAGAAAGUGAAGAUGAAAGAGACAAACACGUCAGUUUUUCUGGAUCAGGCAUUGAUGAUGAUGAAGACUUUAUCUCCAGCACCAUUUCAACCACUGCACGGGUUUCUGACCACACAAAACAGAACCAGGACUGGACUCAGUGGAGGCCAAGCCAUUCAAAUCCAGAAGCACCUCUUCAGACAACCAUAAUGACUGAUGUAGACAAAAAUGACCCCAGUGCUCAAGGAGAAAACCGGACCCAGGAACCACAGCCUCCCCUCAUUCACCAUGAGCAUCUGGAUGAAGAGGAGGCCCCACAUUCAACAAGCACAACCUGGGCAACUUCUAGUAGUACAACAGAAGAAGCAACUACCCAGAGAGAACAGUGGUUGGGGAAUGGAUGGCAUGGGGGAUAUCACCAAACACCCAAAGAAGACUCUCAUUCAACAGCAGGGACAACUGCAGCCUCAGCCCAUGACGGCCAUCCAGAUGAAAGAAUGACAACACAGAGUCAAGAGGACAGUUUCUGGACUGAUUUCUUUGACCCAAUCUCACAUCCAAUGGGACGAGGUCAUCAAACAGAAAGAAUGAUGGAUGUGGACUCCAGUCAUAGUACAACGCUUCAGCCUACUGCAGAUGCAAACGCAGAUUUGGUGGAAGACUUCAACAGGACAGGACCUAUUUCAGUGACAACUCACCACAGUCAUUCUCAGAGCUUCUCUACGUCAUAUGGAGACCUGGAAGAAGACAAAGAGCAAACAACAAUUUCUACUAUCACAUCUAUCAAUAGGAAUGAUGGCAGAGGUGGAAGAAGAGGUGGAAAUCUUCCUGAAGACUCAACUACCUCACUGGAAGGUAAAACCUCUCAUUCCCCAAGGGGAAAUAGGACCUUCAUCCCAGUGACCCCUGCUCAGACUGGGGCCUUCGGAGUUACUGAAGUUCCUGUUGGAGAUUUCACCUCUAAUGUUGAUGACUCUCUAUCAGGAGACCAAGAUGCCAGCGGGAGGUCCCAUACCACACAUGGAUCUGGAUCAGCUGGACACUCAAGCGGGAGUCAAGAAGGUGGGCCAAGUACAACUUCUGGGCCUAUAAGGAAACCCCACAUUCCAGAAUGGCUGAUCAUCUUGGCAUCCCUCUUGGCCCUGGCUUUGAUUCUUGCAGUUUGCAUUGCUGUCAACAGUCGGAGAAGGUGUGGGCAGAAGAAAAAACUGGUGAUCAACAAUGGCAACGGGACAGUGGAGGACAGAAAGCCAAGUGGACUCAAUGGAGAGGCCAGCAAAUCUCAGGAAAUGGUACACUUGGUGAACAAGGAGUCAUCAGAGACCCCAGACCAAUUUAUGACGGCGGAUGAGACUCGGAACCUGCAGAAUGUGGACAUGAAGAUCGGGGUGUAACAUCUACACCAUUCACUUGGGAAGGAACCAGUUGGAAACGUGACCAUCACUGGGAGCUGGGACACUUCACAGAUGCAAUGUGCUACUGAUUGUUUUAUUGGGGGUAUUUUUUAGCAUAAAAUUUUCUACUCUUUUAUGGUUUUUUUUGUGUUUUUGUUUUUGUUUUUGUUUUUAAAAGUCAGGUCCAAUUUAUAAAAAUAGCAUUGCUUUCUGAGAUUAGGACCCAGUUAAUAAUCCACAAGAAUUUGACAGUUCCAGUUCCCAACUCGAGGCCUUUCACCCCGCAGGGUGUGCUGGAGAUGGCUUCUAACAAAGGCCACAAGAACAUGUGUCUGAUCCCCAACCUUCUCCAUACCCUACCUCCCAGGUAGCACUCACCAGCUAAGGACAUUCCCAGAGGCUAAGAGGGAUUGGUCUCUGGGAGGAAAUUUGAAUGGGUCCAUAUUGCCUCUCCAGCAGCCCGGUCCCUGCGCAUUGCUUUCCAGUGGAGGGUAGGGGUUUGGGGUGUACUGGUUAUACAUCCCUUUUUUACAAACAGAACUCCCUGGAAAUUUUUCAGAUGCUUCUGGGAGACACCCAAAGGGUGAAGCUAUUUAUCUGUAGUAAGCUAUUUAUCUGUGUUUUUGAAAUAUUAAACCCUGGAGGUCCUUUGAUCAGUAUGAUUUUUUUUUUAAGGUUACUUUAUCAGAGGCAUAAAAGGGUUUCAGUUGAUCCAUAAUAAACAUCUGUACUUCUUCCAUUUUAACCCUUUUGUGCUGUGAUCCUUCUGUUUCUAAACCAGCAACACCCAGGUCUCUAGAGCUCAUGGGGAUGAUCUGAGAAUGGUUCUCUUCAAACUCAUCUCAGAGUCCCUCUGCUCCCACGCAGCUCCCUCAGCCAAACCUCACAGAUCAAGGAAGGCAGCACUAUUUUAUUUAUGAGGCUGUUCUAAGGCUUCCUCUCCUGUUCUGGAAGCAGAACUGUGAGCAGAAGAGCGUGGGCCACUUGGGGUUAAUGGCCACCUUUCUGUCCCCUGAAGAGCUUUGAGAAAUCACAUUCCAUUUUAUCACCUACCAUUUGUGGGGUCCCAUUUCAUAGAUGCUGACCCUAUUGGUGAUUUCCAGAAACAAUAUGGUAAUGCCUUUUGAUAUCUUAUAAUUAAAGAGAAGCAACAUAAAUGAAAGAGUCAGUCCGUGGCCAACUGACUGGCAUAGAUUGGUGAGGGGUAUGCGGCGUAGAUCCUGUUCUACUAUUUUAUGGCUUAUUUGUCUAUAUUUCAACAAGCCAGUUGUCUGCCCCUGAUGCAGUUGCUGACUAGGAUGGGUUAAGCUCCUGGGGAAUCCCUCAGAAGGUUACAGGGCUUCCCACCGCUGGGAUCUUAUCACUAGAUAGGCAGGUAUAUGGCGAAACGAGAGAGUAAUGGCUUUAUCCUCUGUCCUGUUUUUCCCACUUGGCAAAUCCUAUGAGGGCACUUCUUCAGUCAGGAUGUUCCCUUGGUCCUGGAACUUCCAAAGGCUACUUGUAAUAGAUAAGAUUGACACUAUCGACUAAGGAUUCCUACAAAAUGGGACCUCCUUUCUUAGGCUCCCAGAAAAGCUCAUUGCCUGAACUGUUGUGCUUCACUGGCAAUGUUUUCAAGUCAAAAAUAGAAGAAGGAAAAAAAAAAUUCCCUACUUAACUGAAGACUGGUCUGCAUGAAGAGUUGAUUUGAAGGAUAUAUUUAAAGGAGAGAUGCAAACUUUCCACUCCUUCCCAACUGCUGCUCUUCCUACCCACUCUGUCCUCCUCCCUCUACUCCUGCCACAUCUGAAACAAAACAAAACAAAAAAAAACAAAACAAAACUCCUUCCUCUUCUUCUGUGAAUGUUUUUGGCCACUUGCAUAUUAAGAUGA